GUAAACACCGGCGUACGAUUUUUUCGGUUUAGUAUACGGCCGCGUUCGUCGCAACCGGACCCGCCGCGGCAGCGACCGACGUACGACGCCCAGGCACCCGGCCGACAAUUCCGCGCGAACGCCGCCGUCCGCUGGGUCACAGGAGGGUCCGCGAGCCGUGCACAGCCCGCGCUCUCCGUGUACGCGUACGCCGCGCGAUCGCCCGCGUUUAUGGUGGCCGGCUGCAGCCGUCGACUAUGCGGCCGCAGCAGCUGCUGCUGCGCUUGUGCUCGUUGUUCGCGGUGACGACAGCGGCGACCGGAGGACCGUCGUCGUCGGCGGCGCCCGAGAAGACCGCGGACAUCACGGUAAGUGUCGCGCGAAACGGAUUCAUUUUUUUUUUCUCGUAUUUUUUCGCGUUUUUCUCUCCGGGUUACGGGACCGCGGCGUUUUCGCUCCGUCGCGGAACGGAGAAACGCUCCGCGGCGCGCGGACCUCCUGCGACGCGCCGCCCGAGAAAUCGUCAACGGACAUUCCGAUACGUCCUCGGUUUCGUUAUUUUAUUAUAUUAUAUUAUUCGCGCGUAUUUAUUGUUGCCGGCGUUACGGCAACAGCCGCCGUUGCUGUUGUACCUACCUACGCGUUAUUAUUAUUAUUACUGUACGCGGACGCGUUCUCUCUUUCUCGGUUUUAUAUAACUGGUUCGCGCGCGCGCGGUGUUUACUUUCUGCGGUAAAAGUAGUUCCGCCACCGCGGUCGUCGUCGGGAAAGAAAGAAAAACGAAAACGACGAGAAAGAAAAAAAACAAUAACAAUAACAAUAACAAUAAUUCUAUACGCGCCUAUAAAUAGUAAUAACAAAAUCGCCGUCAACGGAUACGUCGUGCGGUACUAUUCGGAUUAAUUGUUAUCGCGACACGUGCUUAUAAGCGUUUUGCUUGCAGCGGGACGACAGCGGCGGUCACGGCCCGGUAAUACUGUCGACGUCGGCCACCGGCGGACCGUCGGACGGACAGCGCGACAAGCGCAUAUUCUUCGACGACAUAUUCGGCUCGGUCAGCUACGAACCGGAGGAAAAGUUGCCCGUGUCCAACUGCACUUGCAGUGAGUACCGUUCAAAUUAUUUUAUUAACACUUAUCACACACCCUGUGCACGCGUGUAACUAUUGCGCCCCGUUUCACCGACGCGCGGUGCGCGAGACACGCGAGAGUCCGUUGGGCGUAUCGCACGGCGGUGCGCGCGAUGUCUUUGGGCCCCGGUGUGACGGGCCCGAGUCGAUUUGGCCGUCGAACCGUCGACAGUUCGCCGGCGGUGCGAUUCCAAAACGGCUAACGUAAAUGCGCGCGGUUAUACACCGUUUCCGUCGUACAAAAAGCGGGAACAGUAACGGCUUUUGACAUUUUCUCCGCCGAAAAGCCGGGAAAAAAAAACUGUUGUAUUCGCGUUUGACGAAAUUCAAAUUUCGAAAACGUGUCAUCAUUAUCUUUAGGCUCUUCGCUGCGACACGUCGUAGUAUCUCGGUUCUCUACUAGGAUACUUUGGGAUUAUUAUUUGAUUUUCUUCAUGUCCGUCAUAAAUAAAAUGCACGAGUGCGUUUGAGCACAUUUUUAGACAUUUUUCAAAAGUACAAUCACGUUGUUUCAACUGUUUCCAUUAAAAUAAUAUUAUUCUCAAUAAAUAAACGCCCUCCUUCCCCCGGCGAGCCGAAUAUAAAUAUAGUUGCUGCGUAAGUAAAUACCGUGCGCAAUUCUAAAGAAAUAAAUACACCGAGCCAUAGUAAAUCUAAUUUCGUUACUAUACUUGUUAUUAUGUUCUUUGUACCUACCGUAUACUUGUAUUAUAAUUGUAUACGAUACGUGAUUUAUCCGUGCAACCACUGCACAACCGUCUGCUGUUGGACUUCGGUGAUUCACUAAUCAAGAAUGUACGCGGCACGAUCAAGAUAAUAUCACGGAUAAGUAUCUACAAUAAUAAUUCGAAAAUUAAUGUUUAAUCCACGAUACGUUUCGAAUGCGUAUGAGUUAUGACUAUCGUGAGUGAUUUUAUGACGGUUAGGUUAGGACUGUUGGUAAAGUACGAAAAACUUCAAGAAGGUGCGGGGGACUGUGUUUUUACCGGAAUUUGAGCCAGGUCUCCGAGAACUGCAGACUAAACCCUGCCAAACUUUCUGCGGGAAAUAUGGAGCUAAAACAUGUUUUUCAACCGCACACAUUUUUUCGUGAAAACGUUGUAAUAUUAUGUGCCAAUACAGGGUUUACGAAUAAACUGCCCAAAAAAUGAUUCUACGCGCAAUCGUCUGUUCGGUGAAAAUAAAGUAGAACUGUCUGAUUACGGUGCAUAAUCUAAUAUUGUAAAAUGUAUUUUUAAUAAAAUUGCAUUUAAAAAUAUCUCGCAGUGACGAUAACUGGAGCGUCCGUCCGACCUUCGAAGACUUAAACUCCCCACCACAUUAACCACUAGUUAAGACGGUCCGCAAUAAUGUUCGCAUUAUAAAUGAAAUAUUUCGUGAUGAUUUCAAAUAAUUAUACCUAUACUGCGUAAAAUACUAUACACGCAGCUGUGGUAAUAAUAUGUGCUCGCUAGUAUGCUUCAUAUACUAUAGAACUAGUGAGGUGACAUGAAUCCGGAAUUCGGAUUUCACAACAACAAUUCGAGUUGGUUGUUUACUAUUAAAUUUUUUAUUCUAAACGGUUUUAGGUUCAAAUUUUUACAAAAAUUAUGGUAUUUCGAAGCCGAAUUUCGCUCAGAAUCGUAUUUCGUAUCGUGACGCACAUAUAUAUAAAUUAAAUAACAUUACGUACUUCCCACCAACAACAGUGGCACACCCAACAGCAGUAAAACAAUUUUUUUUUUAAUUAUAUCGUUUAUUGUAGUGGGAUUUCGCUUUACAAAAAUGCGAAUAAUUUUGGAAACCGAAAAUCGUAGUUCAAACCUGACAUCCGGAUUCGUAAAAUAGUCAGGAUUUCGGAUUCUCGAUAAAACUCCGGCCAAUCCGGAUACUUCCCGUCGCCGACCAACUAGAACUACAAUAUAAUAGUGUCGUGUGAAACGAUCUAACCUGCUAUUACCUACUUUUGGCGACAAAAUUAUAAAUUCGUCGAGCGUUUAACAAAUCGGCCACGUCCGAAGCCCGGCUAUUUCCUAAAACAAUUAAUAAAACGUUACCGACCCAUUACUAUAAAGAGAAAAAAAAAUUCGAAAAAACUGUUUAAGUAAAACGACACCAACAUACUUUCAAAUAGGUAUCCGUCGUAAUUAAAAACCAAACUCCUGCCUAGUGUAAAAUGUACCGGUUUACCGGCCGUUCGUAUUGAUUCAAGUGGACGGACUCGAGCAACGACGUAAUAAUAUUUAUUUUUUCAACUCGAUCAAUUUAUGAAAAUAAUGCUAUUUUAUUUUUUACAGUGAUCGUAUGUUGUUUUUUUUUUUUUUGUUAUGUCUACCAGAAAUCUAAUAAAAUGUAUGCAUCUUUUCUAAAAACACAAAUUUGGUCCAAAAACAACGAGAACAUUUACUCAAUAACGGUUUCUCUGUUAUUUUCAGUUUUUUAUUUUAUUUUAAUCUAGUCAAAAAUAAUCUUGGAAACCUAAAUUGUUCACAGAAUACACGUAUUAGCCCUUUCCAAGCAUAAAAGAAUCAAAACAUUUCGACAAUUUUUGAGUUUGGUUUUCUGUGGAUAAAAUUGUAUUUGGCCCAGCAAAAAUUCUCGAAAAAUCAACCCGAAAUUCGUCGUUGGUUGAACGUAUUAUUAUUUUGUUUUUUAUAAGCGUUUUAAGUUCAAAUUUUAACAAAAACUAUAAAAAUCACGCCCUCUAAAAACUUAUUUAAUUGAAUUUCGCUCAGAAUCAUUUUUCGUUAGCGACGAUUUAUCGUCGCGUACGGAAAUAUAUAACUCUACGUAUCCUACUUUCCCAAAACUUAACACUUACCACAGUUGCACCUCGCAUAUUUGUCAGCAUAUACUUCAGCAGUAUUUACCUUUUUCUUCGGUCGUAACGUACGCGUCCGGAAUCACAUUUUUCCGGUGUAUGGAUUUCGCCGAUCCAGUGUACCUACAUUUGCACUAUUAAAAUAUAUUAAAUUGUGUAUUAUAUUAUUUGUUAUUUAUCGAUACACUGACAACCGGUCCGUUGCGUUUGUUUAGAUUGCGGAGUGCCUAAUCAAGAGAUCCGAAUCGUGGGCGGCCGUCCCACCGGAAUCAACAGAUACCCUUGGGUGGCGAGGCUCGUGUACGAAGGCCAUUUUCAUUGCGGUGGGUCGCUCAUUAACAGUGAUUACGUGCUCACCGCGGCUCACUGUGUCCGGAAGUAAGUACCCAUUACCCAAUAUUAUAGUAAGUACCCAACGUCGCAACGAAGUGACAUAUUUUUCUCCUUCCGUCUGGAACGACGCGUAGAAGACUCGCACCGAUCGGGGGCGUCUUCGGGUGAAUUCCUCGGGAAAGGGGAGGAAUUUCAUAACAUUUGGAUUUCGAAAUCGGGGCUUAGAAAUUUCUAGAUAAUGGAUAUUUUGCAAUAUAAAUGUGGUACAUUGCACGGGGGAGGAGGCGAAUGUACCUGGCCUCAAGGACGCGCUUGGGUCCAAUCGAAAACUUUAACGGAGCCAGUUGGAUAAUAUAAGUGGUUAUUUUAUUUUUAAAAUUCCUUUGACUAUAGAACAAGAGGGAACUCAAAAACAGUUUGAUCUGUUUUGGAAACUUCUUAAUUAAUUCCGUAAAAAACUAAAAUUUUUAAUAAAACGGAUCAACGUGUCCCCGGGAAAAAAAUGGAUCAAAAGUUCUCCACCGUGACCGGAUCAACGUGUCUUCAAAACGAACCAAAAUGCCCAGUUACCGAUUUCGUCGACUUUGUAUAAAUGUUCGAAAAUCUUCACGAGAUUUUUUUAUUAACGUAUAUGUAUGUAUACAAUAGUACCUAUAUAUACGUAUUGUUUUCAUUGAAUUUUUAACCGUCGGAAAAACGUAUAGCGAAUUCCGUAGUUCUAAAACGUUUGAUGUUCAAAUUAAUCGUCUGAGAAAAUUCGUUUUUAAAACGCGAAAAAGAUUAUGCCCGCUACAGGAAUCGAUCCUCGAAUCGUAUAAUAUGUAGAGAUCGGUCAUUUCGCACAGAUACGUCAUGAAAAGUAUACGCCGAUUCGACGGGCCUAUAAAAAAAAAAAAAAAUAAUCAAAAGAAAAAUGUUAACGUUCGCGUCUGCAGUUUUCGACUGUUUUUAUCAAAUAAUCUUUGUAAAAGAAAAAAAAACCCGAUUUAAAGCUAAAGGGACGUGUCGCGUCCCCUAUUAGAAGAUAAUGUGGUUAUUUUUAAUUUCCAUACAACAGGUUAGUAAGCGUACUGUACUUAUUUUUCGGGAAUAAAAUCGAUUUUUCGAAAGCAUAAUAUUAUUAUCAUAACAUAUACGAACGGUUACGCUGACAUCCUCGUUUUUAACGCCGCUACACCCGAAUAUACAAAAAUUUAAACACAAAAAAACGCGUAAAAACGCGAAUUAUAUAGGUAUAAUACGUACAAUACCGCUAUAACAUUUCCACGUUAUAUUGAUUCGCGCACCGUCAUUAUUUUAAUUCACUGUCAUUGAGAGAUUUCGUCCUAAAUUUAGCUAUGCCCCAGCAUGGAGUAUCGGUUGCUCGAUAGAAAUGUACACUCGCGCAUAGAUACGAGUGUAUAAUAACUUUCCAUUGCGAAAUUAUUCAUGAAAACCGUUUUGGUGCGAGUGUUGCACUGCCACGGCAAACACAUAAUAAUAAUAUUAUUGUAUCGUGCGGAUAAUAUCGCAACAUCAGAAAACGGCGUGUGUGCGGUAAACUCGAAAAACCGUAGUCUGAGAAAACCAGUUAAAUACGGUUAUUUUACGGAUUUUUUCAACGUAUGUAAAACGAAAAGUGUUUCGUCUUUCGCCGUAACGUGUUUUAAACAUCUACAGUCCGUAAACACAAUUAUUUAUUUAAACUGUAUAUAAUAAUAUUUUUUUAAAAAAUCGGAUCAUCACUAGACUCUAGAGCACUAACCGUUAGUUGUAAUUAACUGUAACUGUAACUUCAUUUUGUAGUUACGAGAAAACACGAUAUUGAAGAUAUUGAAUCGUAAUUAACUGCAUUAUUUUUACCAUGGGAAAAGUCGUAUAAUUUAAAAUCGCAUUUUAUUUUUUUUUUCUUAGAUACUACUCUAUCUACCUAUUGUUCCGACAGUGCGACAUUAUUUAUAAAAGGGUAUUGGAGUAAUGAACGCCACGUCACCGUAGAUAUGUUUACUAUUGCAAUUAAAACACUUUUUAUCGAUUCGGGCCUUGCAGCGGUUCUCAAAAACUGCUCCCGAACAAAAAUAUCGUAUAUUGCGAAGCCCCUCCCCCGCCUCAUCUACUACUUUGCGUAUCCCCAAAUAUUAAGUGUGCUUUAAGAAAUCGUUCUUUAUUUUAAGCCCCGGGUAAUAGUUGUAAAAAUAAUUAAAUAUUUACUUUUUACUCAUUCGCUUGUUGUUCAAAUAUAAAUAGUAAUAAACGCACGCAUCAUAUACGAUAGUACCUACCUAUACACAUCAUGCAGACGGCGUGAUUUCGAUUUUUUUCUACCACAGAGGUGGUUAAUUGUUAUUAUCGAAGAUUUGUAGGAGAAAGUUUGAAUAAAUACUCGUUUUCGUUACAAUGAUAUUAUAUUAUAUUAUAAUGGUUUUAUCCGAUUAUCGCCUAUAAUAAUAAUAUUAGCUUAACUUCGUAUAUUACCAUAUUCAUAUAUGUAAAUGGCGAUGUUUUUUCCAUGCGUACAAUAUUUUAGUAUAUUUUAUAUCUGCGCAGGUUAAAAAAAUCUCGCAUUCGGGUGAUAUUCGGCGAUCACGACCAGAGUACGACGUCGGAUGGAGAAACCAUCACCAGAAUGGUGUCUUCGAUUGUACGCCAUCGAAAUUUCGACGUGAAUUCGUACAACCACGACGUGGCUCUUUUACGGUUAAGGAAGUCGGUGUCGUUCUCCAAAUCGGUGCGUCCGAUCUGCUUGCCGCCAUCGUGUACGUGUAAAACAAUACCCUACCUAGCAUAUUAUUACCACGAAGAAAAAAAAAAACCUGCUGUACUUAAUCGUGUUGGUAUCGUUCGUUAACUUUUCUUUGUUUUUUACAGCCCAAGAACCAUCCGGUAAAACGGGAACGGUGGUGGGUUGGGGCCGACUUUCCGAAGGCGGAAAUCUGGCUGACAUCGUCCAAGAAGUGCAAGUGCCGAUUUUGUCGUUGGCGCAAUGCAGGGCUUCGAAAUACCGGCCGCAGAGGAUCACUCCCAACAUGAUUUGCGCGGGAAAGGGAAUCCAAGACUCUUGUCAGGUUUGUGUAUACUACUGCAGUGUUUAAUUAUUUGUAACCCUGUUGUCAACCUCCGUCAGUAAAUUAUUGUAAUGUGUUCGACGUUGCAUUUAAUGUAUUAAAGGAAAACCGGACUCGAGCACAGAAAAACAAUUGUAUGAAAUAAUAUAAUAAUAUGACAUAAAUCGUAUACAUGAAAUUGAAAUUCUGUCCGUUUGACUGCAUGUCUGUCUGUGCAGUAUACAAAUCUAUACAGUUUUAUUACGAUACCUUAAUGAACUUUUCACACUUGACAUUCGAAACAAAAAGAAUAUCGCUGUCUACUUUCUAUCUUGAAAUUCAACUCUUAAAGGGCGACUGACAGACUGGCACGAUGUUUUCAGUAUAAUUGGAGCGAAAAUUGAAAUGGUCAUUCGUGUCACCUGACCUUGGUGACACGGAUGAAAAAAACCAGUAACUAUUGUUUAAUUUGAUUGUUAAAGAUAAGAAAGUAUCCUUUAAAAAUAUAUAUAUAUAGAACCGAGGAACAACGGUUAACUGUGAUAGAGGAAAAAUGGUGAAAACGAAGAGACACGUUUAAUUGAAUUUGUAUUAUUAAUUUCUGUUUUUGAAAGUAUCGAGUCCGAUUGGAAAAUACCGAGUAAUUCAGUUUAAGUUUAGAAAAAAAAAAAAAAAAAAAAAAACAAGAAAAACGGAAUUAAGAAAAAAAUAACUCUCCGUCGUACGGGCGAUAGAUAAGAUUAGGGAAACAUGAUACAUUAGCUUAAGGUCGCCUCGCCUAACCUACCCACUGAUUUUUCAUUCCUUUACAAUUCUCAUCGCGAUAAUAUUCCGACGACCGGUUUAAUAAUAUUUGAAUCCCCGGAAAUGCGAUUCUAUUACCGUCACAAAAACAACACUGUGAUUAUUUUUCGAAUACACCUAUAAUUACGAAAACGCCGACGAGUCCGAGUAUACGCCGAAUCCGUAAUUCAUCCGAAACCACACACAAUGCGUGGGUAAACUUUCGAAUAUUACUAUACGUAAAACUAUUAUAGUUGGUACCCAACGUGAAAUCGUGACUCCAAUUAUGCACGCAUAAAAUAACAUUGUCGGUAAUAUUAUUUCCGUUCUGUUACAGGGGGACAGCGGAGGACCUUUGUUGAUAAACAGCGAAGUCGACGACAAAUUGGAAAUAGUCGGUGAGUUAUAAUAUCUUGUCGGGUUUAACCGACGUACUCAAACGUUCACGCAGUGGCGGCUCAAAGUAUUUUUACCUUGAAUCGCCGAUGAAAAUUGUCCACUCACCCACCCACCCACACCUCAACCCCACAAUGCCACCACUCUACCACAAAUGCAUUGGAAUUUGUUCGAAAUUUAUCGAAUUUCCGCUGUCUAAAAUGACACGAUUUGUUUUGCAAUGACAUAAUAACUUUUGUUAUAUUUCUGAACGUCCGCGACCCACUCGCGCGGUUUUUUGUAAAUCGCGUGAUUCAAAUAUAUCUCCUUCGAGCCGCCACUGCAUCCACGACUACCUCAAUACACGUCGUCGCGAAUCGGAAUACCUAACCAUUCUAACAUAACCGAAUGGUGUCAUCGCCGCAGUGUUUGUUUGAUUUUGCUAUGUCGUUCGUUUUGCAGGCAUAGUUUCGUGGGGCGUCGGUUGCGGACGACCCGGUUACCCCGGCGUAUACACCAGAGUCACCAAAUACCUGGAAUGGAUACAGAAGAACAUGCGAGAUACGUGUGCUUGCAUUCGAUAGCCACCGCGAGCCACCACGUCAAAAAUGUACAUACGAAUAAACCGCGUGUAGUAUAAUAAACGACCGUACCCUACAUAUACUAUAUUAUAAUGUUAUACGACUUUAAAUUAUUAUUAUUAUUAUUAUUAUUAUUUAUUCGUACUUCGUGAUGUCUAAAUUUAAGUUUUGAUAAAAUAAAAUUUGAAAUUUGAAAAACCCCAUCA